CUCUCUCAGCCUCUCUCUCUCUCUCUUUCUGUCUCUUCCUCGGUCCCUCUCUUUCUCUCCUCCCUCUGCCUUCCCGGUGCAUAAAGUCUCCGCCGCUCCCGGAACUUGUUGGCAAUGCCUAUUUUUCAGCUUUCCCCCGCGUUCUCUAAACUAACUAUUUAAAGGUCUGCGGUCGCAAAUGGUUUGACUAAACGUAGGAUGGGACUUAAGUUGAACGGCAGAUAUAUUUCACUGAUCCUCGCGGUGCAAAUAGCGUACCUGGUGCAGGCCGUGAGAGCAGCGGGCAAGUGCGAUGCGGUCUUUAAGGGCUUUUCGGACUGUUUGCUCAAGCUGGGCGACAGCAUGGCCAACUACCCACAGGGCCUGGACGACAAGACGAACAUCAAGACCGUGUGCACAUACUGGGAGGAUUUCCACAGCUGCACGGUCACAGCCCUUACGGAUUGCCAGGAAGGGGCGAAAGAUAUGUGGGAUAAACUGAGAAAAGAAUCCAAAAACCUCAACAUCCAAGGCAGCUUAUUCGAACUCUGCGGCAGCGGCAAUGGGGCGGCGGGACCGCUGCUCCCGGCGGUGCCCCUGCUCCUGGCGUCUCUCUCGGCAGCUUUAGCGACCUGGCUUCCCUUCUGAGCGCGGCCUGCUCCCCCCCGCGCGCGCCCACACUCACUCCAUGCUCCCGAAAACCGAGAAGAAGAUCCAUUCGUUCUUUGGGGACGUUGUGAUUCUCUGUGAUGCUGAAAACAUUCAUAUAGGAUUGUGGGAAAUCCUGGUUCUCCUUUUUUUUUUUAAUUUUUUUUUUUUUUUUGGUGUGUUUUAUUUGCCAAAUGUAACCAGUCAGUGAUGGAGCAAGCACAGCCAAAAUCGGACCUCAGCUUUAGUCCGUCUUCACACAAAAAUGAGAAAACGGCAAACUUCACUCCCAUUUUUUUUUUAUUUUGAUUUUUAUUUUGGCAAACGAAUCUCAGGAACGGCCCUGGGCCACCUACUAUAUACAUCAUGUUGAUAACAUGAAAAACGAUGGGCUCCUCCUAAGAGGAAAGCGAGGAAAGGACAAGGCCAGGGGGUGAAACCAAGAGGUGUCUGAGAGAAGCAUCCGGUGAUAGCUCACGCUCGCGUCUUUCUUCCACAGUACCUUGUUUUGAUCAUUUCCACUGCACAUUUCUUCUGGAAAAAAGCGAAAGGACACAUUGCCGGCUUUGCGAGUUAAGGAUAGGAGGGAGAAGGGGAAGAGGUUGACUGGACUCUAGCCGGAGGCCAGUGGUAGUCGGAAGAAAUGCUGCGAAGUCACUGAGGGGUUAGCUUUAUCUGCUGUUGUCGAUGCAUCUUUCAAAUCCACUGCCUUUAUUUCCCCUCCUCUCUCUUGUUUUAGAUGUUACACAUACAGUAAUACCCGAGUAUCCAACGGUAUAGCUCACAGGGGGGGAUGUUAAAUGUUAGUCUAAAAUAUAGUUCAAAAGAUUUUGACAUAAAAGAGCCUUGAUUUUAAAAAAAAGAGAGAGAGAUGUAAUUUAAAAAGUUUAUUAUAAAUUAAAUUCAGCAAAAAAAGAUUUGCUACAAACUAUAGAGAAGUAUAAAAUAAAAGUUAUUGUUUGAAA